CGAGCAUCUGAGAUUAAAAGAGUUGGAAAAAAUGAAGUGCUUGUUUCUGUUUAAAGUAUUGAUUUACUUAAGUGUGGUGUCGAUAGUGUUGGGUGAUGAUUACUGCAAUAAAAAAUUAUGUAGUGGACAGUUGCAUGUUGCAUGCAAAAAUCCAGGUAAAUUUUCUUUCUUCUGUCCAAGAGAUAGAACAUCAGUAGCUCUUUCUGCUGACGAUAAAGAAACAAUUCUUGACAGCCACAAUUCUUUCAGAAAUAUUAUUGCAUCUGGCAGUAUCGGAAGUUUUUGUUCAGCUGGUAGAAUGGCAACUAUGCAAUGGUCAACUGAGUUGGAAAAUCUUGCAAAAUUGAAUGUUCUGCAGUGUAAAAUGAAUACUGAUGCUUGUCGCAAUACAUUGGAAUUCAGUAAGGUUGGACAAAAUUUAGCACUUCAGCAGCAAACUGGAACAUUUAUGGCUACAACCACUGCAUUAAUUAAGAGCAUUCAAUCAUGGUUUUAUGAAUAUCGACAAACUAAUCAAACGACUGUCGAUAAAUGUUGUGGAAAAAACUUACUGGAUUAUGAACAUUUUUUGCAAAUGGUUAAUGAUCGAGCAACUCAUAUAGGAUGCGCCAUCUCCAGAUACUCAGACUCUAGCAAAAAUGUCCUCAUCGCAUGCAAUUAUGCAUCAGGAAAUGCAUAUCGACACAAAAUUUACAAAUGUGGAAAGACAGCAAGUGAAUGUUUUAGUGGAACAAAUCCACGUUACAAAGCGCUGUGCAAUGUUAAUGAACUUAUCGAUGCUAAUCAAAUGUAUUAAGUGGAAUGCAAAAUCAAUUGAAUUUAUGAAUAAAAAUUUGCACAUAUUGACUCAUUUUCUAAAUUGAAUUAAUUACCUUAUUUUUAAU